UGAGACAGUCACAUUAGAUACACGAGGACGGUGGAUUAUCUGGAUUCUAAAUGAGCAUUAGGAGCAGCUCUUUUCUGAUGUCACUCAACACUCUCAGUGAGCGCUUAAAGGCUAGGUGGUUGUUAAAACCUAAAGACUGGAUUUACAGUCGGAGACAGGGGACAUACUGUAAAUAUCUUGCAGAAGUGAACUUUUGCCUUCGGACUGAACAAUAGAGAAUUCAUUAGACGUUGAUCUCAAGGUGUUGCUCAUGUUUCACUACAUGCUUUCUGACUGAACACCAAGGUCGCCAACGCAACAGCUGAUAUCCCGGACAGCUGUAACGCGCACCAGAAGAUUGCAUUACAGUCUCCCUCUGGAGCAGAAACAGGUUGAAUUUCCCCCAGAGGACUCGGUGUGCAACUGGGUGUUACAGAAAUCCUGAAAGUGCUUUAUGCUAGAGAUCAUGUAUGUGCUGUGUCCACUGCUGCUGCUGUCCAUCCACAGCCUGCUGAAAAGACAGAAGACUGUGCAGCUUCAUGAAGCCAAAACAGCAGAGAUCACAGAGACACCAAGCAAAAGUUCACCCUAUACACAACGCAGGAAAACGGGAAAUCCUGUCAGGGUCAGAAACCAGGACCAACGUACAUCAUGCACCACCAACCCUCUGGAGGUACCUGAGUGCAGCAAGAGCGCCCAGCGGUACGCUCUGCUUGGCCCGGCGGUCAUGUUUGGCACACGGAAGACGUGGGACCUCGGCCACACCCCCUGCCUGCAGGAGCUCUGGAACAAAGACCUCUCAUUGGACGCCAGCUCAGUGGAUUUCCUGAUCAGCGAUGGUGAGGAGGAGAGCUCCUUCCUGACACUGCCCAACUCAGUCCUCCAACGCCGCCGCUUGACCUCGGACCUCCCCGAUCCCGACCUCUCUGACCAGCAGCUUCUCAUACAGGCACUGCAAGAGAAAGUGUGCGAGUUCCAAGCUCGUUUGCGUAGCGAAGACGCCACUGACCGACGACUUCUACAACGAACUCGCGCACCGCAAAUCAAUCAAGACCAACAGAACAAAGCAGAAACAAGCCAAGAGCAUCCACUAACUAGUCAAGAGAUUCUCGAACAGGACAGUCAGCUCAGCCAAGCUGGCUUCAAGACAAGUGUAAGGCAACUCGCAGGAUCCCCACGUCCACAGGAUUAUCCUGACAUUGCUGCAGAGAGGAAAGCUCGACAUAAAGAAGAAGUGCAUCAGCUUGCUCUCAUCACAGGGCUACACACACAGAUUGAGGAGCUGGAGAAGAAACUGGUGGACCGGACUCAGGAGGUGGAGAGACUGCGCUCUGAGCUGGGGGCGACAGACCUGGAGAAGCAGCUGGAGCUCUUAGAGAGCGAGAAUCGGCAGCUCAGACAGGAGCUUAAGUCCAGCAGCAUCCAUGAGCCUGCACACACCUGCUCCACCUCCACCUGCCCUCACAGCCAGGAGGCAGCAGCCCUACGAGGGGCGCUCUCCUUAUGUGAGGAGCGCUGUAAGGAGUAUGAGCGGCACAUGGCCAAGCUCGAGCAUCAGCUCGGGGAGCGAGCAUGCACAGUGGAUGAGCUGCGCACGCAACUGGAGGAGGCGUUACAAAGCCGAGAAAAGCUUCAGAAGCAGCUUACACACACAGAGGAAAUACUGCGACAACACAGUGCAGUAGCGCCAUCUCAGGCCAUGGCAGCAGAGGCCGAGUCGUCUCAGUGGAGACAGGCUCUAAUGGAGGCGCAGGCACGUAACCAGGCUCUCCAGGAGCAGCUGGGGGUCCAGCGGCAGCUCCUCCGAGAACUCGAGCAUAAGCUGCAUGACAGCCAGAGAAGCAACAGCGAGCUCCGCCAGCAGAUCCUGGCAUAUGAGGGUGAGAUGGAGCGAACUCGCAGCCAACUCGAAACUGAGAUCCAGAAUCUCGAGGAAGAGAAGAACAGAGUCGUCGAGGAGGCGUUCAUCAGAGCCGAGAGCGAAAUGAAAGCCGUGCAUGAAAACCUCGCAGGUGUAAGAAUGAAUUUGCUGACUCUGCAGCCUGCUCUGAGGACACUUACAUGUGACUACAAUUGUCUGAAGAGGCAGGUCCUGGACUUUCCUUACAUGCUGCAGAACGCUAUUGCUGAGGCUAAGCAGGAGAUAUGCCACAUGAUUGCAGAGGUGAGUAACACCAACCAGGAGCUACUACGCAAAUACAAGAGAGAGAUGAACCUGAGAAAGAAGUGCCACAACGAGCUGGUUCGCCUCAAAGGAAACAUCCGUGUGUUCUGUCGCGUACGUCCCAUCUGCCAGGAAGAAGCAGACGCUGACAGCAAGAGUGUGGUGACCUUUGACUCUGACGACGAUGCAGUGCUCUACCUUUCCAACAAGGGCAAGAUUAUGACCUUUGACAUGGACAAGGUCUUCCCACCGCUGGCCACGCAAGCUGAGGUGUUUCAGGAAGUGCAGUCUCUUGUCACGUCCUGCAUAGACGGAUAUAACGUGUGCAUCUUCGCUUACGGGCAGACAGGCUCAGGAAAAACCUACACCAUGGAGGGUAUUCCUGAGGACCCAGGCAUUAACCAGCGAGCCCUGCGUCUGCUUUUCUCUGAGGUGUCUGAGAAAAUGCCUGACUGGCACUACACCAUCACCGUCAGCAUGGUGGAGAUCUACAACGAGACACUGAGGAACCUGUUAGGAGACAACCCCAAUGAGAAGCUGGACAUUAAGAUGUGUCCUGAUGGCAGCGGUCAGCUCUAUGUGCCUGGUCUUACUGAGUUCACUGUGAAGAGUGUGGAAGAUAUUAAUAAGGUUUUUGAGCUGGGUCACAUGAACAGAGCAACAGCGUGUACCAAUCUGAAUGAGCACAGCUCUCGCUCUCAUGCUCUCCUCAUCAUUAACGUGGCCGGCUUCAACCCCUCUACAGGACACCGCACCUCAGGUAAGCUGAAUCUGGUGGAUCUGGCUGGUUCCGAGAGAAUCUCUAAAUCGGGUGCUGAGGGAAGUCGCCUGCGUGAGGCUCAGUGCAUCAACAAGUCACUCUCGGCCCUGGGCGACGUCAUCAACGCGUUGCGCUCACGCCAUUCACACGUCCCCUUUAGGAACUCGCGCCUCACGUACCUUCUGCAGGACUCGCUCAGUGGAGACAGCAAGACGCUAAUGCUGGUACAGGUGUCUCCUCUAGAAAGCAAUAUGAUCGAGUCCGUGUGCUCUCUGAAGUUUGCCCAGCGUGUUCGUACAGUUGAGCUCGGACCGGCCUCCUCCUCACGGAGACAUGCCGAGAACUCUUCAACCUCAUCCUCACCUACCCACGACAGCGUGGAGUUGGACUCUCCACCCAUAACUCCCGUGCUCUUACCCAUCUCCCGGGCAAGCAGUGUGGGCUCUUCUCUCCCUUCUAUCUCCAGAGUCUCCAGCACACGGAGAAGAUCCCAGAGCCAGCAAGCUCCAGACAGACAGGUAGACAGAGGCAGUCCAUUGCUUGGGGACAGUGGGCAGGACGAAUGAAGCUUGCCACAUGAUGCUAUGACGACGCGAGUGUGCUGAGAAACUGCUUUUCAGUUACGCUCCACCCAGAGUUCAUUUUCCACACCGGAGACAGGGACGUACCAAACUGGCAAAUCAGGGAUAUGUACAGCAUUUCUGUGAGAAACUUGACUUCUGUUAGCGACUGAAGAAUCUGGCGUGUUCUCCUCCCAGCUCUGUGCUGUCUCCGGGAGAACGCGAAAGGUUUCCUGCCUCACUUCAGAGUGUUCGUGGACGUCUAUGCACUUUAGAACAUGCUGAUCUGAUUAUUCACGGUGUUAAUAACCCGGUCAAGCUUAGGACUAUCACAUGACUGGCGUUGAUCUUUAAGUAUGUGUGUUCUGUCUCUCUUCUGAGAGAAAGCGUAUUCUCUUUUUCCUCGUCCUUUUUAUUCAAAGCCUAAGAACAAAGUCGAACUUCCAAACAAAAAAAAAGAAACGUGUAGCAGACGCAGUAAGCAAUAACGACGGCUGAGUUUAGCCUGUCUCCGUUAGUGACGAAGCUCUUAUUUGGUAUCCUGUAUAUUUGGUAUCCUGAAGGCAGCAUAUUGAAGUCUUCCUGAUCUAAGCAUGUAUACUUUUAAUUUUGUCAUCAGCGAAGGACUUAGUCGUUUCACACUGCUGUGAAUAGGAAUGCUUUGAAUUUUUCACCCACAAGUCAGAGAACUGCAAUUCCACUGGAUGAACUUUUUCAUCUGAAACGGACCAGAUACUGCUGACUGUGGGGGUUUUUUGCUAGCUUUGGUCCAUUAUAGCAUAGCAUUGUAUGCAUCCUUGGUGGUUGUUGUUUUUUUUACACUUUUUAAUAAAUGCCUUAAACAUGA